AGCAAUCAGUUGAACACGUGUGAGUCAACAAAUUCCGUUCAACGGUCAACAACUAAUAAAUUUUCAACAUUUUAAUUUUAAGUGUAUAAUACACUGUAUUCCAAUUAUUAGAAUUUUCAAACAUUUGGGACUACAUUGUUAUCGUCAGGAGCCAAUAAAAUGGAGGGGGAAGACGCAAUGCUUCUUGAACAAAAUUGUCGAUACUACCCUUCAUGUCGGAAGAGUAUGUGGGACUCAAGUAGUUGUGGGUGUGCCACUGCAGAAAGUGAUACCGAAACGGAAUGGAGACAACAUUCCAUCUUGCCCUACAUCGAAAAUCAAAAGUACACUUUCGGAAGCAUGUACACCUCGAGGGAGGAACAGGGCGAAUUCAUCUUUGUGCAGACCAAGAAAAAUCCCGGAAAUCUGGCCGAGAUAACCUGUUCAAGUGGAAAUUACUGGAUCACACCGGGCGGGAAAAGAGUUGUUUUGAUCAAUGAUGACCAGUUGAAGAAAAACUGUCGCACGAAACUCAACUAUGGCGACAAGAUUGCUUUACUCGGAAAAGUUCGACCGAGACGUGGACUUCAUCCAACGAUUAAGCACGAAUCCCUUAAUGGAUUCUUCCUAUUUAAAGAAUGUCGUCGUGCUAUGGAACGACAAGAAGGGGAGGAACCGAGCAUGCCAGAUGACGAGGAAAAAGUUACCUUCACACCAGGACAAAAUUACCUCGUAUUGUCCCACAUUUUUUCUUACCUCCCGUUCAAAACUCUGAAGAUCGCACGAUUAGUAUGCAGUCAAUGGGACGAGGAAGCUACUCGGAUUCUAAAGAAAAAAUCCACCGUUGUCUUGGACUUUGAUUGCCGACACAAUUAUCAACACCCAAUGGGGUCGAUGAGGUUGCUUCGAUACGUUAAAGAAAUGAAAAACCUCCAUCCUAACAGUUUGUACUUGAGGCUGCCGCCUUUCCCACCAGCGCAUCGUAACUUAGAAGGAGGAAAAUUAGCCGUGAAACUGGUUGACGAUCUGAACUGGUUUUUGCAACUGGAUCGAUCUCGUCACAUCACACGGUUGAAUUUGGGUGGACCAAUCUUCUCAGGAUUCGACUACAAAAUCCAUCUCGCCAUUCUCAAGAAACUCCAAGCAACCCUUUGCGAACUAGAGUUAGCUUGGUAUUUUGACUUCUGGGACGAAUCUAGUGAUGACUUCGCUUUUCUGACGGAGGACCUCCAUCUUAACAAGCUCGAAGUAUUCAUCUUCUCCAUUCAUGCGGAUCGCGUCCCUGCCAAAGUCCUCUUGGCCAUCAUGUCCUCCUGGGCGACAGCAAUUCAAGGCAUCAAAACCUUGAAACUUAAUUGCCAUUCUAACGACGAAAGGAACUUAAUCAACUGCUUGCUAAAGUAUGAUAAGCCUCUUCCGAAAUUGGAAGCUUUUAUUGGCCAAUCGACACGCCAAAUUGUUCUUGACUUACUUUUGAAGUUGACUAAUCCCUUGAAGACGUUGAAAUUGAACAGGUUAGUAUGUUUGGAACGACGAGAGAAUUUCGCCAGUUUGGAAAAUUUAAUCCAGAAGCACGCCCGUACAUUGGAAGAGUUUGAGUUCAUUUAUGACGUCGACCAGCAAAAUCUCGAAGCUCUCCACCUACCCAUUUUUCCCCGACUGAGAACCCUUUCUGUCGGAUGGUGGAAACUUUCCGACCUGAAAAUUUGUUUCCCCUCUGCACAUGAUAACGACGAUGUCCUCGACUAUGAGAGGCACCUUCCCAGACUUGACGCCCUCUCGCUAUCCAUGUUCCCAUCUAUCCAUCCAAUCACUGCUUCAUGGGCAGAUCAACGAAGCAAACUGGAGAUUUUUUUCCCCACACGUGACCGAAAUGGGGAGCCUAUUGAGACGAGAUGUGUCACCUUGAGGAAACUUGAUUCACGUGUCUCCCUCCCGUUUGCACGACGUGCUUGGUCGCAAAUCGAGUUUCCUGCCGACCUCCCAAUCAGCGAUAUGUUCCCAAACGUGUGGAAUGAUUGGAUGACGAGGCGAAGGACCGAGGAGUCAUCCCCACCAUCAACAAAGGAAUCAUUACCAGUGGCGAUAUGAAGGUCAACUGUAAACCAGUACAGUGACAAUACAUCAGAAGAGUCACCCAAUUAAAAAUGACGAAUUUCAAUUUACUUGUAUACUCCGGAUAGGUACGGUUUGUUUUUAGGUUUAGUCUUUGGUGUUUUUAUUUUAAAAAUUUGUGCCUUAAACUUUUUUCUGGCAUUCGUAAAUCCCUUUUGCCAAGUCCUUGCGUGCGAAAUCUUAUCAGAAAUAUGUAAAUAAAUAAUCGCAAAUGUCCAAAA